AUGACGCCGAGUCCAUCCUUUUCAAACGGAGCCUUCCCUCCGCCUAGCCUACCGCCUGGCUCACCGUCCCUUAGUGCUCAAGGCGACCCGAGACAGAGCGGUGAGCGCAACCGAUCUCGAGGACGAGGCGGAAGAACAGCAAGUGGGCAGCUUCGUAUCUGUGCCAAGUGUGGUGAAUCUUUAACCGGUCAAUUUGUGCGGGCCUUAGAAGGCACGUACCAUCUCGACUGCUUCAGAUGUCGUGACUGCGGUCAGAUUGUGGCCUCUAAGUUUUUCCCUGCGGACGACGAAGAAACCGGCGGCCAAUAUCCACUUUGCGAGACAGAUUACUUUCGACGACUUGGUCUUCUAUGCUACCAAUGUGGCGGCGCUUUGCGCGGUUCUUAUAUUACCGCCCUCGACCGCAAAUACCAUGUUGACCACUUCACCUGUUCACUCUGCUCGACAGUCUUUGGGGCCCAGGAUAGCUAUUACGAACAUGAUGGGAAUGUGUAUUGCCAUUACCAUUACUCGACGCAAUUUGCUCAGCGAUGCAAUGGCUGCCAAACCGCUAUUCUCAAGCAGUUUGUCGAGAUAUACCGUAACGGGCAAAAUCAGCACUGGCAUCCAGAGUGCUAUAUGAUCCACAAGUUUUGGAACGUCCGUCUAACAGCUCCCCAAGAACCUGCUGAGCCCCGUCCCGAACCUGUGGGCCCCGAGGGCCGUGAGCUUGUCCGACAGGAAGAAGAAGACAUGGAGAACAAGGUUUAUCGAAUUUGGAGCGUUUUGUCAGCAUUCGAAGAAUCCUCAGCCGCAUGUAUUUCGGACAUGCUUCUUCAUGUCAGCAACGGUGCAUACAUGGACGGAGUCUUCGUCGCCAAAAAGUUCAUCGUACAUGUAGACAUCCUGUUCCGAUCUGCAGACAGACUUGAUCAGACUAUCAAGCAAUUAGAGAUGACUGACUUAUCCUACGCGAGAGAAUCAAAACUUCUCUGUAAGAAGAUUGUAGCCUUCUUUUCAUUACUGUCCAAAAUGCAAGAGACUACUGGGCGGAAAUUGGGCGUUACCCAAGAGCUACUGUCUCUCGUGACGGGCCUAGCUCAUUACCUGAAGCUCCUAAUCAGGAUUUGCCUCCAAGGAACGCUUAGGGUCGAAAAGGAGCACCGCUCUCCAGAAGCACUAUUUCAGUUCCUCGAAGAUCUCAGUAUGCUCGAAACGAUCAAAACCGAUGACGAGUCCUUGCAGAUCACAUUAGGUAUGUCGAGACUCUCUGCUAAUGACUCGGAUCACUGUACCUUGUGCCGCAAGCCCAUCGAGGACGAAUGCGCUUUGAGCGGGGAUAAGAGAUGGCAUCUAUUUUGCGUAACAUGCGUGCGGUGCGGCAAAAUACUAGGCAAGAACUUGGUCCAGGCUCAUCUACACCGAGACCUGAAUAUUCUUUGUUCAAAUUGCGAAAAUCCGGCUGACGGGCAUGGUCAACCUUUGGAACGGAUAACGAAGCUUCAGCAGUACAUAUUCCUUUUGAAAGUCGCCCUAGCCAGGCUGCUGGAGAUACUUCGAACUAGCGGCGCUCUUCCUCAGUCUUCAGAAGAUCCAAGCCUUAACGGUCAAGAUUCUCCUGAAGGACGUGUGUCUACGGACGGUAGUCCUGCGAUACUUAGAUCAGAUUCUCGGUCUAAAUCCUCUGGUGGCGAGCGGGAGCGGCAUCAGAGAGAGUCGUCUUAUGAGAAUACUCUCAAUGAUGUGCGUAGACUUAGGAGUACGCGUCUCGAUAAGCAUCUGUCCUCAAGCCUUAGGAAAGCCCGGACGUCAAGGAUUAUGGAUGGGCCUGAAGCACGCAGUAUUCGCCCUGGAUCUGCCGGCGCGGAAAUGGGCUCACAGAAUAAGGUAAUGCAGAUCGAGGAAGAUGGAGAACAAGGCGAAGGCGACACAACAAAACAAUAUUUCGGACACCAGGAUGCGCUGACUCUGGAUGAUAUUCCUCGAAUCGUCGCAGCCGAACAGGCUCGGGAGCAGCAGCCUAGCGCGUAUAGAGCAUCGCGCCAAGAGCUCUUCCGAUCCGCCACAACUGAGGGUUCUUACGGUACUAGUAACGAGAGAAGUCUUUCCCCAGGACGAGACGACCAGGGUUUACCAGGAGAUCGGUUGCCUCAGAGAGACGGGAGGAAGUUCUUCUCGGAACUAUCUGGCCUUGAGUAUUUUAUCGUUCGACAUGUAGCAGUCCUUACAAUGCAACCCAUGCUCGAGCCAGAGUUUUCACUUGAGGAAUUGCUUAGCCUCAUCGAGGCAAGAAAGGCACCGACAUUCUGGAAUAAAUUCGGCAAGGCAUUCGGCAAAAACGAUACCCGCAAGGCAGUAAAGAAGAAGGGUGUCUUUGGGGUUCCAUUAGAAUUAAUCAUCGAGCGCGAUGGCGCCGACUCUACAGAUGGCGUGGGACCGGGUGCUCUACGGAUACCAGCCAUUAUCGAGGACACAAUUACCGCUCUGAAGAAUAAGGAUCUGUCAGUCGAAGGUGUCUUCCGUAAGAAUGGCAAUAUUAAGAAGCUCACCGAACAGGUGAAUGCCGUUGACAGAGAUGGUUGCGAUGCCAUCCGGUGGAAUGAUGAGACUCCGCAUCAACUCGCAGCACUUCUUAAACGAUAUCUCCGUGAACUACCAGAACCCUUGAUGACACAGAAACUUUACAAAGUUUGGAUAGCCGCAACUAAGAUUAAAGAUACCGAUAAAAGGCGACAUUGUCUGCAUCUGACGUGCUGCCUGCUUCCACAGAUCCACCGAGAUACAUUAGAAGUCCUCUUCAACUUCUUGAAAUGGGUGGCUACUUUCCACCAGGUCGAUGAAGAUACUGGAUCGAGGAUGGACGUACACAACCUUGCCCGUGUAAUCGCCCCGAACGUACUUUAUACGAACGAAAAGAGCCCGAGUUUCUCAGACGAGCCUAUGACCGCGGUGGCUUGUGUCGAAGAGUUGAUACAAUUCAACGAAGAGAUGUGCAUGGUUCCCGCUGAAAUCAUGGACAUUCUGGGUGAUUCAACUUUGUUCAUGAACAAUGGCGAUAUCACAACUAAGGAGAUCCUCAAGCGUAUUGAAACUAGGUCUGCAGGUGGACUCACUAGGCAAUAUGAUAGCAACGAAUUUGUUAGACAGCAAGAGACCGGCAAGCGGCCCAUGGCUACUAGAGUCGCUACAGAUCCUGCUGCAUGGCAGCAGGAGAGCAGUGUACGUCCUAUUCAAGAGCCAACAAUUCCUUUUACGGCAGCCCAAGGAGCUCCGCCACAGAAUUGGCGCCAACCUGAGAAUGGGAAACCACCUUACGCGGGCCAGUAUGAGCAAGCUGAUAAUCAACCUAAAAAUCCUGAGAAUGGCCAGCGCCGAGAGUGGCGCAACUCGGGCUGGGGCAGACCAAAUAAUUCUGUCACGACUGGUACAGGGUAA